CGCAGGCGGCCCUAACUUAAUGCAGCGUUUCGACGGUUGCGCUUCCGACAGCGGGAGAGACGAAGUAGUGUCAGCCUUUACUUUCAGCACUUUAAACUGCCGGGUUGGCUUGUACAACUGUCAGAUUACUCCGUGAUAUAGAAGAGGACGUCAAUUGUGUACACUUGACUUUUAAUAAUGCCUAGGGGUGGGAAAAGGGGCCACAAGGGCCGAGGGAAGCAGUUCAGCAACCCAGAUGAGAUCGACAGACAGAUGAAAGCGCAGAAAGAGUUGGAAGAAAACCCCAAUGCAGAGAAGGAGGCGUCUGGAGAUUCUGACGAUGAGAGCAGCAGUGAUGACGAAUCUGAUUCCAGGAAAAGAAGUGGCGUGGAGGGGCUCAUCGAGAUCGAGAAUCCCAACCGCGUGUCUCAGAAGAGCAAAAAGGUGGCUGAGGUAGACGUCAGUGCUCCCAGAGAGCUGUCUCGCAGGGAACGAGAGGAGAUCGAGAAGCAGAAAUCAAAGGAACGCUACAUGAAGCUCCACCUGGAGGGGAAGACUGAGCAGGCCAGGGCCGACCUGGCCAGACUGGCUAUUAUUAAGAAACAGAGAGAGGAUGCCGCCAAGAAGAGGGAUGAACUCAGGAAAGAUGCCGAUGACUCCAAAGCAAAACGUUAGUCCUUCACCUGAAAGCUUGGACAUGCACUUCGGUCUCAGAGGGAUGGAUGGAGAGAGAAGGAAGGAGAUCUGGAGCAGGACAACAGGGAGCAGGGGGGGUAAGGGGGGACCAAAGCGAGUGGCAUCACAUCAGGGGUGAUCCUGAACUCCUGUCUGUCAUUUCAAACCGGAGGGCCGUGGUUCUUCCAUAACAGCGUGGACGGGGAUAAACGGGUGAAUGAAAGCGAGUCGAAGAGGACUGCAACAUUUGGGAUGCCUCUAGUUUUCUUCCUCAAGAGGAGACGGUCGCAGGUUUUCCAAGUGCUUCACUGCCUCUUUGCUUCCCCCACCCCACCCCCCCCACCCUUCCCCUCGCCGGGGUUUUAAUUCUGAAGCUGCUGAAGUUAUUUCUUUCCAUAGAUUCAAACAUUUGUACACAGUUACCAAAAUAAAGGUUUACUUAAGGACUGGUCGGCUUUCACAGUGAGCGUGCAUGGGGAUGCCUGUGGGUGCUUUGCUUUUCCUUCCAUCGCACCAGAUUUUGUAAAAAGUCAAAUCGGUGACGAUGAAGAAAAAUAAAACUAUUCAGAGGAUAAACUGAUGUGUACAAAUGAUAUGAUGUAAUUUAGUAUUUGUGGAUAUGUUGCACAAGACAUUGGUAUAAUCCCCUCCGCCCCCCCAGCAUCAAAACAUGACUCUUUCAUCACACAUUGGUUUCGAUUUUGCCAUAUAUAUAUUUUUUUGAUCCCCUUUUUAAAAUCUACAAAUGUAUAGUUGGAAAAAUAAGCUUUCCUCCUGUCACAACAUGUCUAUGACAUGAGUUUCUUUUGCAUUAUCAUGGAUUUUUUGUUUUCUUUCUCCAAAUUUACACUUUGCCCACUUGAAUCAUCUUAUUGCUGUCAGUUCAAAAGUGUUUCAGAAUGUGUUUUGUAAUCCUUUGCUCGGAGCACUCGGAAUAUUACUUGAAUUGCCUUUAAUAAGCGUUUUUAAGUUGUUGAAUAUCAGUGUUGGGAAAGUGUUUGUUCCAAGCCGCCUCAGUAACUGGCCUGCCUUCUUUCUGAUGGGGUCCUCUGUGGUUCUACAGGAGGGAUUGUGUCUUUUGUUGCCUUUACAAAGUUUACACAAGACCAGUUUACUGUCUUACUCCUGUGAUUAAAGUCCUUCAAAGAACCUGCAGUGGGUUAGUUAAUUAGGCACACUUAGAAUCUAAUCAAAUCCUUUUACGCCGUUAGUAAGUUUCCAAAGUGACCACAGACGGCAAAACUAAAAUGACAUGUUCCUUUAGUAAUGUUUAAACUGCACAGGUGUGCGUGAUAAAGUGGUAAUUCAGUGUGUGGAGGAUUUGGAAACGCCCGGAUCAGGAAAAGUGUUCCCUAUAACGUGCAAAGGGUUUAAAGAACACAUCGUUGUAAAACUCCAAAAUGUGAGAAUUGUUGCCACAGCAGAAAAAAAAAUUCCCCAAGCUUUCCAUCAUGUAUUUGAAGUCAUUUUUAAAAAUAAAUUCAUUAAUAGUUA